CAGGGCGCGGCCGGCGGCUACUCGUGGGCCGCCCUGGGCCGGGGGUGCCCUCCCUCCGCCUCUUCCUCCGCGGGCCGGGGCGGAGCGGGGCGGCGGCAUGGCGGGCCGGCGGGCCGGGGCCGGGGCCGGGACGCUCCUGGUGCUGCUGGUGCUGCGGGCGCUCGGGGCCGCGGCGCACCCGCAGUGCCUGGACUUCAGGCCGCCCUUCCGGCCGCCGCAGCCGCUGCGCUUCUGCGCGCAGUACUCGGCCUUCGGCUGCUGCGCUCCCGAGCACGACGCGGCGCUGGCCCAGCGCUUCGGGGCCCUGGCGGCGCGCGUGGACGCCGCGAUGUGGGCCGAGUGCGCUGGCUACGCGCUCGACCUGCUGUGCCAGGAAUGCUCGCCGUAUGCGGCCCACCUCUACGAUGCGGAAGACCCGUCCACGCCCCUGCGGACGGUGCCCGGGCUCUGCGAGGACUACUGCCUGGACCUGUGGCAGACGUGCCGGGGCCUCAUCCGCCACCUGUCGCCCGACCGCGAGCUCUGGGCACUGGAGGGCAACCGCGCCAAGUUCUGCCGCUACCUGUCCCUGGACGACCCGGACUACUGCUUCCCGCACCUGCUGGUCAACGAGAACCUCAACUCCAACCUGGGCCGCGUGGUGGCCGACGCCAAGGGCUGCCUGCAGCUGUGCCUGGAGGAGGUGGCCAACGGGCUGCGCAACCCCGUGGCCAUGGUCCACGCCCGGGACGGCACGCACCGCUUCUUCGUGGCGGAGCAGCUGGGGCUGGUGUGGGUCUACCUGCCGGACCGCUCGCGGCUGGAGAAGCCUUUCCUGAACAUCAGCCGGGCCGUGCUCACCUCGCCCUGGGAGGGCGACGAGCGGGGCUUCCUGGGCCUCGCCUUCCACCCCAGCUUCCGGCACAAUGGCAAGCUGUACGUCUACUACUCAGUGGGCGUGGGCUUCCUCGAGUGGAUCCGCAUCAGCGAGUUCAGGGUCUUGGAGGAUGACGUGAACGCCGUGGACCACGACUCAGAGAGGAUAAUCCUGGAGAUUGAAGAACCAGCCUCGAACCAUAAUGGGGGCCAGCUGCUCUUUGGGGAUGACGGAUACCUCUACAUCUUUACUGGAGAUGGCGGGAUGGCUGGAGACCCCUUUGGGAAGUUUGGAAAUGCCCAAAACAAGUCGGCGCUGCUGGGCAAGGUGCUGCGCAUCGACGUGGACCGCAACGAGCGCGGCCCGCUCUACCGCAUCCCGCCCGACAACCCGUUCGUGGGCGACGCCGCCGCGCGGCCGGAGGUCUACGCCAUAGGGGUGCGCAACAUGUGGCGCUGCUCCUUCGACCGCGGCGACCCGGCGUCGGGCGCGGGCCGUGGGCGCCUCUUCUGCGGCGACGUGGGCCAGAACAAGUUCGAGGAGGUGGACCUGGUGGAGCGCGGCCGCAACUAUGGCUGGCGCGCCCGGGAGGGCUUCGAGUGCUACGACCGCAAGCUGUGCGCCAACACCUCCCUCGACGAUGUGCUGCCGAUUUUCGCCUACCCGCACAAACUGGGCAAGUCGGUCACUGGGGGCUACGUGUACCGGGGCUGCGAGUACCCGAACCUGAACGGCCUCUACAUUUUUGGAGAUUUCAUGAGCGGGCGUCUGAUGUCCCUCCGAGAGAACCUGGGGACAGGCCAAUGGCAGUACAGUGAGAUCUGCAUGGGCCGUGGCCAGACCUGCGCGUUCCCGGGCCUCAUCAACAACUACUAUCCACACAUCAUCUCCUUCGCAGAGGAUGAGGCCGGGGAGCUGUACUUCAUGUCAACGGGUGUGCCAAGUGCCACGGUGGCACGUGGGGUUGUCUACAAAAUGAUUGAUCCCUCCAGACGGGCACCACCCGGCAAGUGUCAGAUCCAGCCCGCCCAGGUGAAGGUCAGGAGCCGCCUCAUCCACUUUGUGCCCAAAGAAAAGUUCAUCCGGACGACGGAGAGCACCGCUCGGCCCACGGCGCGCGCGCCCACCAGGGCUCCCCGCCGCGGCCGCCCCACGGCCGCUCCCACCCCUAGGCCGGCACGGUCCACCCCGCGGCCCGGGCGCCGUCGGGGCGGUGGGCGGCGGCGGGGACGGCCGGGCACCGCGAACCACGAGCCCUCGAACGGCGCCGUGCGCCUGGUGCGGCCCGCGGGCCUGAGUCCGGGCCGCGGGCGCGUGGAGGUGUUCGCGGGCGGACGCUGGGGCACCGUGUGUGACGACGCCUGGGACACCAAGGCCGCCGCCGUCGUGUGCCGCCAGCUGGGCUUCGCGUACGCCGUGCGGGCCACCAAGCGCGCUGAGUUCGGCGAGGGCCACGCGCUGCCCAUCCUGCUGGACGACGUGCGCUGCACAGGCAGCGAGCGCAACCUGCUGGAGUGCGCGCACGCGGGCCUGGGCUCGCACAACUGCGGCCACCAGGAGGACGCCGGUGUCGUCUGCAGCCGCGAGGACCCCGAUCUGUAGGCGAGCAUCGUCUGUCUGUCUGACCUGGCUGUCCAUUGUCCGUCGGGAGCCCGGGAGGCCCCUCCACCCGGUGCACGCCUGGUGCGCGCACCCGAGUCCGAGGGUUGAGGGGAACGUGGUGGGUGUCAUAGGGGUGGCCCAUCUGUAAUGCUGUCCUGUGGAUGCGUGUGUGACGUGUGCAGUGCACACGUGUUCUUUGUGGGUUCCUGUCCAUGUGUCUUCUGCCAUCCCGAAGUGGAAGUGUGUGUCAGGAUUCGUGUGGUCCCUGUAGGUGUGUGGCCGUGGGCCCGAGGUGCUCUUUUCUUACCUCCACACACCUCAAGCAGCAGCAGGAGCACAGGCUGGUGAAACCCUGAGCACUGAGGGCAGCUGCCCUUCAACGGCAGACGUGACCUCUGCUCCAGCUGUGGAUGGAGGGAGGGGACCAGGCCUGCCCUGCCCAUGCGGGGAGUGGAAGGCCCCACAUCAGCUGGAGCAUGGCCUGGGGAAUGUGGCCUAAAGAGCAUGGACCAGUGGCCUGGAAGUCAGAGUUGCGGAAGAGAACAUGAAGGCAUCUAGUGGGGCCAAGGGAAGUCAUCAGACUGAUGGGUCCAGGGUGACCAGUGGGCCGUGGCUGCCCCAGCAAGGGUCAGGCUGCCUAGGAGGAAGCGAGUGCCUGGGCAGGGCUGGUAGGGGGCAGUGGGUGACUUCAGGGAGUUGCCUCCUGGGCCUCGUCACCAUGCCAGGCCCAGCCACGCCAAGCACCACGGUUGCUGGGGAGGCUUCAAUGUUCUCCACAUUCAAGCCUGUGCCAGGGCCACCUCUGUCAUCUCCAUUCCCCGCCGCCCCUGCUCAGUGAAAUCCCAGGGAACCCUCUGCUUCCUCCUGCCCAACCCCGGGGCCCGACCAGGCUAUGGACCCAGUGAGACUACUGAUGCUUGUCACCCAGGGCUGUGCCAACAACGUGACUGUUUACAAACACCCUUCCUGCCUCUUUCCUCUGACUCACACCUACCUGGAAGCUGAGGGUGGGGGUGGGAGAAGGGGACUGGGCCUGCCGCCUCCCUCCUGCUCACAGGUGGAAGUUCCUUUGCCCGUUAAGGGUCUCGGCCUUGGUUCGUGCCUGGUCAGUCAAGUAUGGCUGGGCUCAGCCUCUGAUGGGGCCUAGGGAGGUGAAGCAGAUGGAUGGAUGGUCACUGGGCAGUGAGGACCAGAUACGGCCCAUGUUGGGGGUGGGGAGGGCUCUGGGUUGGGCAUCCUAACCCAACGUGGGUGCUGACCUGGGGGCUGAGCUGGCACUGGGGGUGGCGUGCCUGGCAGUGGAAACGGAGCAGGCAGAAGCCUGUCGGGGUCUCCCAGCUGCUCGCUGAAGCUGAGUCUGGGGUAUGAGGCGGCAAAAAAAAAAAGCUUUAGGGUCACCCUCUCAACCCCCCCACCUCUGCCCUAAGCGGGGUGGGCGAGGGCCCCAGACCCUGUGGCUCAUCUAACCCUGUUGAGCCCCAUGUGGAAACCACAGUUAACCCUGCCACUGAGUGUGGCCCGUGUGCUGGGCACCGUCGUGAGAUAUAGCACGCCUGAAGUCAUUCAGUCCCCAAAACAGCCCUCUUUCUCCCCUUUUACAGAUGAGGAAACUGAAGUGCACAGAGCUGAAAUAUCUUAGUUGAGGUCACUCAGCCAGGGACAGAGAAGCCAAAUUUGAACACGAGCUGGCUAGUCCUAGCACCUGCCAGAUGUAUAACACUGAACUCCCUGGCUAUCCCCGCAGAAAGUCUCAGUGUGGCCCAGGGCCCCAGCCUGCCGGGAAAUAGCUGGUGAAGACCCCCGUGGGCCCCUUCUGCCAAGCAGAUGGCUGUGCUGCCUCCCACUGCCCAGGGAUGGUUGACUGGGCAUCUUCCCAGGACCCAGGGAAAUCCUGAAGUGUUAGGAGCUGGGAGGGCCUGUAAUGACCGUCCAGGCCAAACUGCUCACUGUGCUGAUGGGGGAAUGAACCUGAGAGGCUGAGUGUCCAGGCCUUUGGUCAGAUGGGGCCGAGCUAAGACUAGAGCCCAGGGAAGGUGGGGUGGCCCUCGGGGCCCUCAGAGCAGGGCAGCACCGUGGAAGGACCAGGGUUGUCGGUCCCUCUGGCUUGGAGUCAGACAGCAGCCUCUGCCUCCUCUUCCUGGGCCUCCUCUGUGCUCUUCCCUGCCCCUCUUCAUCCUGCAGAGCCCCCUCCUCAGUUCAAGGCCUGGAGGACAUGAUGCCAGAAGGCGGGGCCUGGGAGGUGGGCACCUCCCACUGCAUCUCAGCACCCACAGCCUGGGGCCACCAUCUGGGGCCCCUGGCACCUUCCCCAAGUGGUGAGGUGGAGUGGUCCAGCCCUCUGCUGGGCCCUAAGGAUCAUUGCUGUUUGUUGGGCCAACUUGGGGAGGUCCCAGACCCGUCACUCCUCUGAGCAGUGCUGGCCUUGGCCUACCAGUCCUCCAGGCAGGGUGUUCCCCCUCCCCAACCUGCUGACCCAUCACCCCUUAGGCUCCAAAUGAGGCUGAGGCUGCAGCCUGACUCCUGAGAAGGAGGCUCACAGACUCACUGCUCUUUCGCUAGUAAUAAUGAGGGUAGGCAGCUGACAUUGGAGGAGCACUUACCGCGCCAGGCACUGUUCUAAAGGUUUUACGUAUUCGUCACUCUUUAAUCCUCAUAUUAACUCAACGAGGCAGGUGCUAUGGUCACCCUCCCACCCACUUUACAGAUGGGGAAGCUGAGGCCCAGGGGGCCUUAGUUACUUGCCGAAUGUCACACAGCCAGUAUUUGAAACCAGGCAGCCUGGCUCUGGAGCCCCAGCUGUGGGCUGUCACACUGUGCUACCCCGAGAGCACUGAAUUCAGUGCCUGCCUCGCUGGGCCCCGUCAUUGUGCAGAUGGGGACACAGGCCCAGUGAAGGGCAGGGUUAGGUGCAAACUCCCUGUCCAGUGAUCCUUUCACUCCACCACAGCUGGGCAAGCCGAGGGAGCAGUCACAGGUGACUCUGUCCCCAGGGACGUUGAUCCUGCCUCUGAGUCCUCCAAAGUCUCUGGGGAUGGAGGCUGGUCUCAGCCAAGGCUGGCCCUGCUCCCUCUAGGCCUCUGGCCUCACCCCCUCUCAUCCAGCCUCCAGUCAGCAGCUGGAGUGAUCUCUCAGAACCUGCCCAGAGAAGGACCGCCUCUGCCCAGCAUCACACAGCAUAGUUCUGGAGCCCUCAGAGCCACGGCUGCAGGGAUGUCCCAGGUGUGGCCCAGCACCCAGGACUGCAUCCAAGGUGUCAGCCUCAGGUAACAACACUCCAGGUCCCUUGCUGGGCCUUAUUUGUUCCCCGUUCACCUGCAUCCCUCCAGCAAGCCCCAACUAGGCUGGGCCCUUUAUCCUCCGAUGACAGGAUAGGCUCACUGUCCGUGGCAGCCCUGAUGGCUUCAGUCAGUGGCUGAAGGCAGCCAAGCUAGGGAGCAACCUCUAGCUCCCCAAGGCAUUCCUGUGUUUACACUUUGCAAAUGCUUAAGUGACCUUCCCAAGGCCACACAGUCAAGCCUGGACCCCUCGUCUCUAACAUCUCAGGCAUUAUACAAUUAGAGACCAGGGAUCCAGUCUUGACUGUGUGACCUUGGGAAGGUCACUUAUCCUCUCUGAGCCUCAUUGGAAAACAGAAGUAAUCAGCGGGAUUAUUGGAAGAAAAAUGAGGUAACAUUUACAGACAUGCCCAGGACGUUCCAUGUUGCUUCCUGGACAGAAAGUUCAGUAGCAGGCUGUUGGCGUCCACACUAGCAGCUGCCAACUGCACAAGACAGGGUGGGGAGGGGCAUGCCAGGUAGAGGGACCAGCAUGAGAAUGACCUGGGGACAAAUCCUCAAAAUGGGAGGAAGCUGAGCCCCUUCAGCUAGCAUGUUGAACCCACAUCUUCUUGUGGGAGCAUCUGUCCUCUGGUCCCCCUGUGAAGAACUAGCUUUUAUUGAUCAUUUACUCUAUGCCAGAUACCUCAGGUGUGCGGGAUCAUUUAAUCCUCACAGUUACUCCAUAAGGCACCCCUGACACUGCAGACAAAAAAAAGUGUUGCCUGCCACUCUAGUAAACAGUGAAUGUUGCCUGCCAUCAAGCCAUCAGCCACCCCUACAGUGUGCCCUGAGGGGAAUUCAGGAUGGAGAAAAACCAGAUACUGGCCCUAGAUGGUUAAGAUGCAUAUCUAAGGCAUAAUUUCAAUGAGCCCAGACUCUUACAUCUUCAGCACUAAAAUCAUUAACUUGAUAUGUCUGGUUUUGUGAUUAGCAGUAAUCUUUUGACGUUCGACUACAUGUUUUUUAUUUUCAUCAAAUACUCCUAUAUAUGUAUCCUGGCUCCUCCCUUACUUCUUUGGAACAGAGCUCUCUGAGAGGCUGUCUCCCAUGCUGUAGUCCUCAGUAAGGUCCCCAAAUAAAACAUA